AUGGACCGUCAAAUUGUACAUAAGAUUACACCUCAAAAACCAGAAGUGCAAGAGGUGGAUUCAAAAACUUGUAAAACAACAUCUUCAGACAUUGAAAAAUUGAAUCAAAUAUCAUUUUGCAAACAUCCGCAAUGGCACCCAACAACAACAGAACCAAGGGAUCGCAUUUUCCCCUUCUUGCCUUCCUCCUUCUGUGCCUCCUCGUGCCCGUUCUCUUCUUCUGCGCAUCGCCCCUUCACACUCUUCACGGUUGCCAGAUUCAGAGUGUGGCAGUCAUUGCAGGACCUUAAACCUCUUUUUUCGAGAGAGAUUCUUGAUGUCAUUGUGUCCAACACAAAUGAUGUGGGCCCUUUGAGUCUUGAGAGUUUUAGAAAAAAUAAUUUGUCUGUCUCAUGGAGAGUUGUUGGAUCAAAGGCUUCUGAUGCUACAAAUCAGGUUAACGAACCAGCAAACAAUGUAGGACAAGAGAAGCAAAAUGGGAAGGAAGGAAGAUUUUCAGUUGGUCGUGCUCAGUGGACUGACAGUCCUGCACAGCUAUCCAGAAGGCAAUUAAUAGAUAAAAGGAAGGAGAAGCGUGCUGCUGAGCUGGUAAAACAGGAUGAUGAAGUAAUUGUAAGACUUGAAGAUUCAGCUAUUGAACACUCGAAAUCUGUUGAUUCAGCAGUUCUAGGGAAAUACAACAUUUGGAGGAAAGAAAAUGAGAAUGAAAAUGCUGAUUCUACUGUAAGGUUGAUGCGAGACCAAAUCAUUAUGGCUAAGGUUUACUUGAGUAUUGCUAAGAUGAAUCACAAUCAUCAACUGUACCAAGAACUGGAAUCUCGGCUAAAAGAAAGUCAGCGUGCUUUAGGUGAGGCAACUUCUGAUGCUGAUCUAAAUCAGAGUGAUCAUGAAAAAAUCAAAACUAUGGGCCAAGUUCUUUCCAAGGCAAAAGAACAAUUGUAUGACUGCAAGUUGGUUACUGGGAAACUGAGGGCAAUGCUACAAACAGCUGAUGAGCGGGUUAGGGGCUUGAGAAAACAAAGCACGUUUCUUAGUCAGUUGGCUGCCAAGACCAUACCAGAUGGAAUUCACUGCUUAUCUAUGCGUCUUACCAUAGACUACUUCCUCCUUCCUCUUGAAAAGAGAAAAUUCCCUAGAAGUGAGAAUUUGGAUAAUCCUAGUCUCUAUCAUUAUGCCCUAUUCUCGGACAAUGUCUUGGCUGCAUCUGUUGUUGUCAACUCAACUAUUGUGAACGCAAAGGAUCCUUCAAAGCAUGUGUUUCACCUUGUUACUGAUAAACUAAAUUUUGGAGCCAUGAGCAUGUGGUUUCUGUUGAAUCCUCCAGGAAAAGCUACAAUCAAUGUUGAAAAUGUUGAUGAAUUUAAGUGGUUGAACUCAUCCUACUGCCCAGUCUUGAGGCAGCUUGAAUCUGCAACAAUGAAAGAGUAUUAUUUCAAGGCAGGCCAUCCAACUACUACUGGUGCUUCAAAUCUCAAGUACAGAAAUCCAAAAUAUCUGUCAAUGCUUAACCACCUCAGAUUCUAUCUUCCACAAGUUUAUCCCAAAUUGGACAAGAUUCUUUUUCUUGAUGAUGACAUUGUUGUCCAGAAGGAUCUGACUGGAUUAUGGGCUGUGAAUCUUCAUGGAAAAGUAAAUGGUGCUGUUGAAACAUGUGGUGAGAGUUUUCACCGAUUUGAUAAGUACCUUAACUUCUCAAAUCCACAUAUUGCAAAAAAUUUUGAUCCAAAUGCUUGCGGUUGGGCAUACGGGAUGAACAUGUUUGAUUUGAAGGUGUGGAGAAAGAAGGACAUCACUGGCAUAUAUCACAAGUGGCAGAAUUUGAAUGAAGACAGGGUGCUGUGGAAGCUGGGGACAUUGCCUCCAGGGCUGAUGACAUUCUAUGGAUUAACACAUCCGCUAAAUAAAUCAUGGCAUGUGCUUGGUCUGGGUUACAAUCCAAGUGUAGAUCGUUCAGAGAUAGAUAAUGCAGCAGUCGUACACUACAAUGGUAAUAUGAAGCCAUGGUUAGAGAUAGCCAUGACAAAGUAUCGACCUUACUGGACCAAGUAUGUCAAAUAUAGUCAUCCCUAUCUCCAGAACUGUAAGCUACGUGAAUGA